AUGGCUGAGGCACAGGAUCGCGAACCGCAGGAGGAUCAUGAACCCGAAAAGGAAGUGAAAAAGGAACCGGAAGAGGAAUUGAGAAAGGAUCCUGAGCCCCUAAAAUUCCCUGAACCUGAAGAGCUUCUCAAGCGCGCAGGAAUUCCUCAGCCAAAAGAGAAUCGUCAGCCCGAAAAAAGGUCUGGGCCGGAAGAGCUUCGCGAGCCCGAAGUGAACCCUGAGCCUGAACCAAGCCCUGAACCCGAACAGGAUCCUUUGCCUGAAGACCGAGAUGCAUUGGGUAAAGCAGGAAAGGAACAGGCUGAGCGCGAGAUACCUAACCUAGGAGUCGAAGGCGCGCUUAUUGCCCGCCACCUCAAGAUAACAGCCGACUACGACUGGACGGACGGACCAAAAUCACCUUCCACGAGAAAGCAGAAAGCCGCCAUGGUCCUUCAACGCCGUGGCUACGAAGACGUGGAGGGGUGUUCACAUUGUAUGGAAGGUGGCCGCGUAUGGAGGCACUGCGUGAUGGCACCAAGGAUACCAGGCCAUAGUGAUUACAAGGAUAUCAUUUACUCCUUCCAAGGGGGAGCGUGCGCGAACUGUAUCUGGGACGAGAAUAAGUGCGAAUUCGCCUCCGCUGACAACCUCGCCAGGCUGACACAGGCGAAUAUCGGGUGUGUUUUGACGAACGGUAGGAAGAUCCUGCAUGACGAGAUCGAGGCUCGCAUCCAAGCGGCAGCGGAAAAUUCGAACGCGGAUAGUUACAACACUGUCAAUGGAGAGGGCCUCCGCGAGGCCAAUGAAGGCGCAAAGAGGAACGGGAUAAGGGAGGUGGGGGUAAAGGAGGAGGAGCAGGAGCCAGGGCUCAUAUCGGCCCCUGCCCACCAACCCAAGCGAAACAUUCAAACAAUCCCCUCGUCCACCUUCUUCGGGGCGUUCUUGCCUGGCAGGGACUUUACACGCGUGGGUGUCAACGCCGACCGGGGCCCAAAAUGUGCCUUCGACGGCGACGAGCUCAAGUUUCCCAUUCCCAGGGAUAUCUGGGAGAGUCCCAGGAGGCUCAUUACUGCGCGGUCCGACCUCGCGACUUUUGCCAGCAUCGCGGAUGCUCGACUGUACGAGCUUGGACAGGGCGACCAAGACAACGACUAUCUGUUCUGGCAGAACGAGGCGCGCCGUAUCCCUAGCCUCUACAAACUGCCCCCAUCCAAAACUUACCCCCGCAUUCCCAUCGAUCCGCCUCGACUUGACAAGCAUCAGGGUAUAACCCUUGCAAAACCGGCAGCUCCGAAUAGAGAGAGUCAGGCUAAAGCCGCCGCUCUACGGAAAGUGGUCGACACUAGCGAAAAGCCUGUUAUCAGUAAGCCUGUGCUCUCCAUGGGCGUUAGCAGUGUUAGCGGCGUCAUCCCAGUCCCCCAACCGUCCCGCAAUAUAUUUCCGCUGCAGCUUAGCUUGGACGACCUUACAGGUAAAGACUCCAAAGUACCUGAACCACGUGAGGAUAGUCGUGAGGCUGUACUGCGUCAACAAAGGCUUGCUUUAGCAGCUAUGGCCCGCACGUCUGGCAAGCCUCUUGGCCAGGUAAUCCGCGAAGCCCAGGAAGCGCAGAAAUCCCGUAAAGAUGCGCUGGUCCGCUCAUUCCCCCCAGUCAAGAGCCUCGUUGAUGGAGAGAAGGAAAGCAAGUCGGGCAAGUCUCUUAGCCAAGUACUCCGCGAGGCUGAUGAAGCGCAGAAACCCGUUGAAGGUGCAUUGGCCCGAUCAUUCUCCACAGUCAAGAGCCUCUUUGUCGGAGAGAAGGAAAGCACUGAAGUGCGCGAACCCCAUGAAGGGCAGAAAGCCCCUGAGGCGCAGAAAGCUCUUGAUGCGCAGAAUAUUCUUGAAGUGCAGAAAGCCCUUGUAGCGCACAAAGCUCUUGAAGCGCAGAAGGCCAUUGAAGCACAGAAAGCCGUUGAAGCGCAGAAAGCUCUUGAUGCGCCAAAAGCCCUCGAAGCGCACAAAACUCUUGAAGCGCAGAAAGCCCUCGAAGCGCAGAAAGCCCAUGAAGAUGCGAUAAACAAAUCAGUCCCCGGGAUUUUUAAGAACGGAGUGGAUAGCCCCGAGUUUCGCGUGGCGCGUGCUGAGCACGUUGCCCGUUUGGCUGCGAUAGGCCAUUUAGAGGGCAAAGAGAAGGCUCACAGGUAUUGGGAGACACUUCGUGAAGACGAGCGUAAAGCGCAGGAAGCGCCGGCUGCGCAAGAUGCCUCUGCCUCUAAGCCCAACAAGACGCCUGCAAGCCCAGAGCGAGGAAGGAAGAGGAGUCGUGACGGGGAUGUUCCGGACUCGGUACGCGAGUCCAAGAGGGUGUGUGAUGAUGGUGAGGAGGUGCCGAAGACACAGGAACCAUCCACGCAUACUGUGCCAGAAGCUACAAAAUCUUCUGCGGAGCAAAAGCCAGCGCCAGAGACUUCAAAGCCGGCUGAAGAAGUUCCAGCAGCCCAAGAACAAGCUGUGGAUGAAUAUGAGACUGCGAGUGAAUGA